AUGCUUCAGCAACACUGCAAUAUCUCGCUAUCCCAUUUCAUCAUGGCAGGCAUCACUAAGCAGGGCGAACUGAUCACCUUCAGCGGUCCCAGAGAGGCUGGAAACCCCAUGGUCUACAAACAAUACAUCAAUCUCGAUGGAUAUCUCAACUGCCCAUCCUCAUACGAGGACAAUUACUUUGGCCACGGAGACUCCGAACGCCAUCCCACCUACGGCGGUCGUCGACAUUAUGACCGCCGUCGAAUUCAAUCGGCUUUUGAGUAUGACGACGACGCUCUCAGAACUCGCAAGCGGCCAAGAGGAGCAGUGAACAGGAGAGACCCGGCUCAGGAUGCUGGACCAGCAGUCAGUGUCGUGGUCCCGAAGAGAGCUCUCAAGAUUAGCAACAGGGAGGAGGUCUGGAAGUUCUACGAGCAGCGUUUCAAGAAUAUCCAACAGUCGGCCUGUAAGAUGAUUGCAAAGGCCUGGAUCAAGUUGAUCGCCCCAAAGAAGCAGUCCAACCAUCCCUAUACAGGGCAGGAGGCGAAGGCGCCAGACUGGUGGCCGAAACCGACGGGACCCACGAGAGAUGACAGAGUCAGACACAAGGAACCUGACCAUCUGUACAAACCCGAGCGUGUGUGGCUCCUCUGCCAUAUCCUGAGCAUGGUCGUCGAGCCCAAUCGCCUGCAACACAAGGACAUACAGAAGUUGAAUGUCACGGUUGGAAAGCUUGAGGAAGCGACCUUCGAAGCACUCUCAAGCUUCUUUGGAGACGUCGAGAACCCGAACAAUGCCAAAAAGAAGCCUUACCUGAAGGAGAUUUUCAGAGUGGCCAGAUACGAAGAGCGGUUCAAGAAUGGCGAGAUUGAUGCCAAUGCCGAGGUUCAAGUCACAGCUGAUGACAAGGUGCCGGAUGAUUGGCAUGAAGAGGAAGAAGAGGCGCCACGGGACGACGAUGAC